AUGGCGCAGCUGGAGUUUGGUGAUUUCCCAGCAAUGGUGGUCUUCGAGGACUACGACUUGAUGGUCAUUACCAAACCUCCCUGGUGGCAUUGCACCAAUUGCGUUCAUGGACCUGAAGUGUUGAGACAGGUUCACGAUGAACUCGAUUCCCCGGAGCACCGGAAAGAAGAGGCUGAGAAGUUACUUUUGAAACCAGGCACUGCCGCGUUGCACGAUUACAUCAUCUUACGCUUCGGGCGAGAUCCCAUAUUGGCUGGCGUCAUGAACAAAGAUAUGCUCUGGGGCCUGAUCCACCGGCUGGAUACGGGCACUUCAGGAUGCUUGUUGGUGGCGAAAAACCAGGAGGCCUGGGAGAUGGCCAAAAAAGAUUGCUACACCCAGCGUUUCGUCCGCGACUACGUUGCACUGGUCCAUGGCUCCGUGCGACUCCACUGUCGCGGCGAGUAUCGGAACCAGCUCCGGGGCUUGAUCUCGGCGGCCAUCGACCGGACGCCGUACAGUUGGACCCGGCGGGUGGAAGUGAACCCCUCCGGAAAAGGUGAAGCGUCGCAGACGCAAUACGAGUGUCUGGCAGAGUAUCAGAGUGCUAGUGGAUUCUACUACACUCUGCUGCAUUUGAGGCUUCUGACUGGAAGAACGCAUCAGAUCAGAGUCCAUUGUGAGCACAUCGGUUUGCCUCUCGUGGGAGACCAUGAAUACGCGAGGGGGCGGCCACCCUUUGACUCUAAGGUGAAAUAUUGCCAGAGACCGUUUCUGCACAAGCUGCGGUUUGUCUUUCCCAAUCGACGGGGGGAUCCGGUGUCCAUCCUACUCCCCUUGGAAGAUCAACCUGAUCUCCACGAAGUCCUCAGCCAGUUGCGUCUCGUAGAGGUCUUCGAUUGCCCGGCCACAGCCCCCGCAACGUCGGGGACGUCGGGCGGCUUCGUGCGUGACAAGGCAGCGUCGGGCGAAGCUUUGGAGAAUGCCGAUGCCGAUCCGCGCCGUGCCCAGCGCGCGGCUUCGUUGGAGCCUGCGUUAGAGACGGAAUUUCAGAUCCUCCUGCCCGAAGGUUCCCAGGUCACGGUGGACCAGGCUCUGGAAGCGAUCCAAGCGGUUCGUCAGGACCCAGAAGUCUUGUUGCCGGUGCUCGGAAAGGUGGUGGAAAACUAUGGCCUCACUGCGCGCGAAAAUGUGUCCUUGCGCUUCACCAUGCCUUCAGCCGACCGCGUGGAGUCUGUGUUUGUUGCAUCUCUUUGGGGAGACUGUGCAGGGGGCGCUGUUUGUAGCAAUUUGCUGAUUCCUCUGAGGUCCCGCGCCGUUUGGUGCGCCCGGGUCUCCGACUUGGCCGCGCGCGAGGCGGAUGGCUUCUGCAGCGGUGCUAAGCCCCGGAGCCAGGAACCCUGCCCCGAGGGCAUCCUGAGGCCUCCCGCCUGCGGGUGGCAGAUCUCCAAUUGGUCCAGCUGCAGGGCGGCUUCGGAGCCUUGCAAUGGCCAGGGCUUGCAACGAAGGGAGGCCGUCUGCCUCUCCGUUCCGCCGGGCGAGUGCGGCGGUAUUCCGCCGGAGACGGAGCGCGAAUGCCAGUGCCUGAUGGAUGCGACGGUGACUUUGACCCCGCGCCAUGUGGCUGGGGAUGGCCCUGGCACGGCGGAUGGAUCCAUCCUGCUGCCAUCCAUUCUGGGCUCCCUCUUGGGCUUGGGAUGUUGCUGCCUGGCAUGCCUCUGUGGACGCAGUGGACGCAGUGGACGCCGAAAGGUGAAGGUGGAUGUGAGGCCCGAAAGCACGGAGGUCUCAUCCAAUCCGCAGGCACCCACCCCGCGAAAAGCGGUCACUGAGCUGCUGGCGGAAUGCGAGAAACGACAGAUCUCGAGCAAUUUUCCCGGUGGAACUUUCGGUGGAUUCCAAGAAACUGCUGUGACUUUCGGCUUCAGCCCGGGCCUGAAAUUGGGGCAGACCUCCAGCGACUGA